GCAAGACGUCCGUCCGAGCCAACAGGUCACACUACCUACUACUACCUACGCCAGCCCUCACUCUACACCUCCUUCCACGGUGUUCACUUCGUUUUGCGGGAGAGAAGAGAAGAGAUCGGUUGAUUCAACAAGAUGGAUCGAUAUGUGGUUAUUCACGUGGCAACCACUUGCGAUGAGCACGGCGUCUACGUAACCAAAGAUUCCGCGGAGGUCAUUGAGAUUGGAUGGAUCUUGCUGAACGCAAAGACACUGGAAGAGCUUCACCGGGAAAGCAUCCUCGUACGGCCCGUCAACACACCCAUCACUCCGCUAUGCACGAGUCUCACGACCCUCACAUGGGAACACGUUAGAACUGCGGGCUCUUUCAGGGACGCCGUGAACCGAUUCGAUGCAUUCGCCCAGGAGAUGCUUCUCUCUCAGAACCUCGACUUCACCUUUGUUACACUCGACGCCUGGGACCUCCGUGUCCAAUUGCCUCGGGAGGCUCGGGACAAGGCGGUCGUGCUACCCCCGUACCUGCAGCAUUCCCGCACCUUCGACCUCCGGACGGAAUACACGCGCUGGCAGUCCCACCACCCUGAGUCCCUUCCAUUUGGCCCCUCUUCGCUUGCCAACAUCUGCGCUGCCCUCGAAGUCGAGCCCAUUCAAUCUUCGGCCCCGAUCAAGCACAAUCUCCCGUUCCACUUGCAGGCGUUGGCCCCCGCGUCACCGCGUAGAGCGUUGGACGAGGCCAUCACCCUGGCACGGGUGCUCAGGGGUCUGAUCAAGAAGUCGCAGCCCCCAGAGCAGCACCCGGAUGUGUUGGCACGCCCGAUGGACGCCCGUGCAGACGUCAGAGCAUUCCUAAGCGAGAGAAGUAAGGUUCUUCACAUGAAUGGAUUGCCCCAUGACACCACACAGUCAGAGCUGGAAAGUUGGUUUACGCAGUACGGCGGAAGGCCCAUCGCCUUUUGGACGCUCCGGACACCAGAUCAACACAAGCCCACCGGAACCGGAUUCGCCGUGUUUUCCUCACACGAGGAGGCUGCCGAGAGUUUGUGUAUGAACGGCCGCGCUCUGAACGAGAAGGCCAUCGAAGUCUCACCGAGCAGCAGUCGCGUACUGGACCGUGCCUCCGAGAUUCUGACUCCGUUCCCACCCAGCAAGAACCGACCGAGACCUGGAGACUGGACUUGCCCUUCUUGUGGAUUCUCCAACUUCCAGCGGAGGACUGCCUGUUUCCGUUGCUCUUUCCCGGCGGUGGCUUCGGCGCCUAGCGCUGACCCCAUGUUCGGGUACUCGCAGUACUCCCCGGCCUCGAUGGUUCCUCCCCAGCCACCGUCGAUGAGCCACGGAGGCGCCCACGGCAUGCCUUCCCGGUCGAUGCCGAACAGCGGUGGAAUGGUGCCUUUCAGGGCCGGCGACUGGAAGUGCGGUUCCGACAACUGUGGCUACCACAACUUUGCCAAGAACGUAAGCUGUUUGAGGUGUGGCGCCAGUAGGGCUGGUGCCGCAGUUGUGGCGGACACGGCUUUCCCUUCACCGGUCGACUCGCAGUCCGCAUACGGUGGAGUUGGGCUAGGCGGACCCAGUCACGGGAUGGGCGGACCUGGGCCGAUCGGUGGUCAGUUUGGCGGCGGUGGCUUCCCCCAGCAACAUUUUGGAGGCCAGCCCAAUAAUAACUUUGGGUUGCCAUCUGGACUCGGUGGAGGCGGCGGCGGUUUCCCUCAAUUGAACACUUCGCUCGGCCAGGGUGUCGGCCCCAAUUCGAGCGGCCCCUUCGAUCACCGCACCGAGCAGGCGUUUUCGUCCGGACCCAACGGCAGUGGCCUGUACGCCGGACUACCGGAUAAUGAGGCGUUCUCAUUCUUGUCUGGCGGACUUGGAAGCCUCGGUCUCGACGACAGGAGAAAGGAUCUCAACGGCGGCGGUAAGUCGCCUGCCGCUUAGGUUCCCGCAGAUUACGAGACGUAACCAUUCGUUUGGUGGCGCUCGUUGUAGAAGGAGAGAAGCACAGAGCAAUUGGGUUUCAUCCAUUGGUGAUUAAGACGCAAUUUGUUUGUUGGUUCAUAUAGUGAGUUGUGUGCGCUUAAUGGAUUUGGAGU